CAUUAGAAAUAUUCUAUUAUUAUUUAUAUUAUAUAUUAUUAUUUUUUGAAUAUAUUUUCCUUCUUCUGCUUGUUCACACUCCACUCACACACACGCACAUCCCGCGACAAAAGCUUUAUUAGUAAAUAAAUACAAACAAAAAAAUUGUUGCUUCACUCACUGGGGCCAGUAUGAUGGCACCAGUGAAUACAAUCGGAGCCCCCCCCCCCAAAAAAAAAAAUAUUUGCCCCCCUGCUUCGUUUAUUUUCAGUACCCAUUAUCAUGCCAGAGCAGGAGGAAAAAGACUUACCAACAUGGCAAAGAAACCGAGCACUGACUUCCUUCACAAACACCGGGAGAGGUCCUCACACAAUUCUAAUAACAGAGUGGGAGACCCUCCCCGCAUAUUUCCCGAUGAUUGGUGCUAUCAGUCCCAGUUUUCCUGUGAUCAUCAGUGCAACGUACCAGACAAGUGGAAUCACGCCCACAGCAACUGCGCGGGAAAAUACCAGUCGCCCAUCAACGUCGUCACCAGAAAGACUUUGAAAGACGAGCGUCUGACUCCUUUCCAGUUCAACAACUACCAGCGGAUCUUCAGUGGCACAAUCAAGAACAACGGCCACUCGGUUCAGGUCGGAGUUCCUCAUCUCAGCACUAUCUCAGGUGGAAACCUGCCGACCACCUACAAGGCCGUACAGUUCCACCUCCACUGGGGCAACAACGGAGGGCCUGGCUCCGAACAUACCAUCGAUGGGGAGCAGUAUCCCAUGGAGAUGCACAUAGUUCACAUGAAGCACCAUUACACUGAUCUGACGACGGCACUAUCAGACCCAGAAGGAGUUGCAGUCCUUGGAUUUUUCUAUGAGAAAUCCAGCAGUGGAAACCGAAAGUAUGACCCUAUCAUCAACACUCUGCGAAGCAUCAAAGCCGCAAAUGACAACACAUCUCUGCUGAGCAUCUCCCUGGCACAGCUGAUCCCAUCUGAGCAGAAUUUGACCUCCUACUACCGCUACAAGGGCUCUCUGACCACCCCAGGGUGCACUGAGGCUGUGAUCUGGACUUUGUUUGAGAAUCCCAUCCCUCUGAGCAUGGAUCAGCUGAAGGCAUUCUCCGAGCUCAAGUUCCAUGAUGGAAAGCCGAUGGUGGGGACUUUCAGGCCGGUCCAGCCCCUGAAUGGCCGGCAUGUGUUCCGUUCGGGAAGUGUGGUGAUCCUGGCCAGCUCUGCCCUCCUUGUUGCCGCCAUUGCCACGGCCUUGGGACUUUCCCAACCCAACUAGAGCAAGGCAUCCCAUGCUGCACUGCAACAUCCAUGAACACACUAAGUUCUGUAUCACUCUUCAGCUGAACCACUGUUUGUAACUUCAUCAUUGCAUGGUUGCUAAGAUGAUCAAGCACAUCGUAGUGCAGGCAUGACUCACCUGGUGUUCUUCUCUUACAACACAAAUGACAAAGGCGGUCAAGAAAUGCCUAACGAAAGGUGCUGUAAGGGUUUAAUCAGCAUUCAUGCAUGCCUGGUGAAGUAGGUCUUAUUUCAACAUUAUGAAUGUGCCAUAAAACAGGUUACCAAACACGCAAAAUGACAGCUGAAUUCAACAUCAGACCCUAAAGUCAUGCCCUAAUUUUUCAUCUUUUAAACGCCAGCACACACACACAUCACACAUCUUCAUACACUUUAAACCUCAUCCACCUUGUCCAAUGUCAGGUAAAUUUAGUCUCUGCUAAUGUCAGUGUAAGUUGCCGAUGGUUUGCGCUCUGAGCACCGAUGCCAGCCCCAUGACCCCGCACGUGAUGUGUUGUCCUCAGUGGGGCAUGUGAACGGCAUGGAGCUAUUAAUAGCCGAACUGAGUCAUAAAAACAAGCUCCAUUUCGAAGCCAGCGGUCAAAGGAGUCAGCAGUUUGGAGCACACAGUGCGGCCGCCAGGUGAACCACUCACAGCCACUCAGUCAGCAGUUGGUUUGUGGGGGGGUUGAGGUCUUGCCUUUCUCUGCGGGAAUCCAGUGUCAGGAAAAUCCAUGAUGAAAAACUGCAGUCUGUUCUGAGAGCAGAGCAGUCUCUCAGUCACCUGAGACAAAGGUGAGGCCUCAGAGAAGCUAAUGCUAAACAUUGGGUCACAACGUGAGUGACAGCUCAGGGAAGAGGGAGCGUCUGCAGCGUUAUGGGACAGCAACUCUUUGGAAAAUCAACCAGAAUAAAAAGUGUCACUUCUCUUUUCAAACCAACAUCAUUAUUUUCAUGCAUCUUAAACACUGGCAUGAAUCAGCACGUCUUGAUGUUCCAGAUGUUUAUUUUGAGCUACAUGUACAUGGCUGCUGGAGUGAAGCUGCGCACACAGAACCGCCCUUGCCAAAUUCAUACACACACCACAGUCAUUCCAUUUCCCAUUGUUGACCUGUGAAGUUGAGUGAGCUUAUCUUGAGAACAUGUGACUGUGUUCAUGGCUUGUAUUACAGGGUCUCUGAUGCACUGAAUGUUACUGACUGUGAAUCACACCCCACUGAGUUCUCACUCAUUUAUUCAGGAGGACUCUUCAUGUAUUCUAGUGAGAGAUUUGUGCAAUUUUCCAGCAAGAGUUAUUGUGAUGAUCGAGCAAGGAAUUUGUAAAUUUUCCAUUGUUUCAUAAGGCAUCAAGUUAUAUUUCUAUGCUGUGUCAUUGUACACAUGUAUUUAUGUACUGAAUGUGUAUAUUGAUAUGAGACGCACAGUUAUUGUUAUUUAUGUAAUGCUAAGUUUAUAUAGUACUGAAUGCAUAUAUGAAGUAUCAAGUUGUUCAUGACCAAUCGAGUUUACUUAUCAGGUGGUAAUGCUUGAAAAUGUCAUACAUAUUAUGGAGAAUGUGUUCCAACUGAACAAUAAACUACUUACAUGCCUUUUUAA